AUGCGCCCGAGGUGCUCCUUCUGUCGAGUGCGAAGUUUCUACUUCGGAGGAGUGCUUCAACAUCAAAUUAUUUUACAUUUCUACCUUGCAUCAUUGUUGUCCACCGGGCUAGGUCUUGCUUUCUUUGUAAGCGCCAGGCCCUCAACAUCUCGAACUGUCUUCAGUCGCAUUCUCGACGGCAACCUUCCCGCCGACAUCGUGCACGAGGACGAUUUGGUGCUGGCUUUUAAAGACAUCCAGCCCCAGACACCCGUGCACAUACUCGUGAUUCGAAACGGAGGGAUAUCGCUCGGAUAUCGGAGCUGGAUAUAAUCACCGUGGACGCGAACAGCACUGUUGGAGAGGAGUCGGAGAGCCACGAGAAGCAAAUACUUGAAACAAACCUUCUUCUGGGCCACCUUCUCCGGAUUGCCGGACGAUUGGGGAGGGAACACUGUGGCGAGCCCGGAUUCCGAUUGGUUAUCAACGACGGCGUCGCGGGUGGGCAGAGCGUCCCACAUUUGCACGUGCACGUGCUGUGUGGGCGAAAACUGGGGUGGCCGCCGGGAUGAAAGUAGAGGGUGGCUUUUUGGAAUCGAUGCUGUGCUGUUGCGCGAUGGCGGGAUGCGCACAGAUAAUGAAAAUCAAGUCUAAAACUUUAUGCGCUCCUCUUCCUUCAAGUAGUGCUGGUGUGCUCUUUCCAUGUUCGAUUAUUUGAU